AUGACACGAGAACAGUAUAUACUGGCAACACAGCAGAAUAGCCUGCCAAGGAUUGAAAAUCCGCAACUUUAUCCAGUGGGAAUUUAUGGAUGGCGAAAGAGGUGCUUAUACUUCUUUGUCCUUCUGCUGUUGGUUACCAUGAUUGUUAACUUAGCAAUGACAAUAUGGAUUUUGAAGGUUAUGAAUUUCACAGUGGAUGGAAUGGGGAAUCUGAGAGUCACCAAAAAAGGAAUUCGACUUGAAGGCAUAUCUGAAUUUCUACUUCCAUUGUAUGUGAAAGAAAUACAUUCCCGAAAGGAUAGCCCAUUGGUCUUACAGUCUGACAGGAACGUAACAGUGAAUGCAAGAAAUCACAUGGGACAGUUAACUGGACAACUGACUGUAGGAGCUGAUGCUGUGGAGGCCCAGUGUAAGAGAUUUGAAGUGAGGGCAAGUGAAGGUGAAAAGGUGCUGUUUUCUGCAGAUGAAGAUGAGAUCAUCAUUGGAGCUGACAGACUCAAAGUAACAGGCACAGAAGGGGCAGUGUUUGAGCACUCUGUGGAGACACCCCAUAUCAGAGCUGAACCUUCCCAAGACCUCAAACUUGAGUCUCCAACUAGAUCUUUGAUAAUGGAAGCUCCCAGGGGAGUACAAGUUAGUGCAGCUGCAGGAGAUUUAAAGGCAACGUGUAGGAAAGAAUUGCACUUGCAGUCCACGGAAGGGGAGAUAUUUUUAAAUGCAGAUAUAAUCCGACUGGGAAAUCUACCAAUGGGUUCCUUUUCAUCUUCCCCAUCUAGCUCCUCAACUCCUCGACAGACUAUCUAUGAGCUCUGCGUUUGUCCCAAUGGUAAACUGUACCUUUCCCCGGCAGGAGCAGGCUCUACUUGUCAAUCCACUAGCAACAUCUGUUUGUGGAGCUGA